AUGGCCUCAAAGAGGGCCACCCUCUUUGAGGCCAUGUUUGACCCCUCUCCCUCUGACCUCCACACAUCUCCCCUUCACUGUGUUUACAACACGUUGACACUUGACAUGUACAAGGACCGUGGAAUCCAAGGCACCAGGUCUGGUAGGAACCGUUUCACCGCUGUUCCUGGACCAAGCCUCCUGCAAGUAGGUCUAGGCUCUGUGAUUGGUUUGUACUAUAACUUGAUGGUUGAGAACCUUAUAUCUGGACUUGAAGCUGUGGAUGGAGAUGGCGUCUAUGAUAUAUUCCUUCAGUUCAUUCCACUUCUUCCAUCUAUGUUCUCUUGCCCUACUUUUACUCAAGCUAAUGAGGCUGUUCUUGUCCAACUUGUUUACUCCGCUCGGUAUUUUUGUAAGGAGGUUCUUGGCCCGAGAACUGGAGGUCGACAAGUGGAGUACAUUGGAGAGGUUGAAGCCAGUUCCCUCCACAACUUUAAGACAAAAUAUGAUGAAAACAUUAAUGUUGAGAGAGAUAAUGAGCGCGUGGCAGCCAGGAGGCCCGCCGCUCCCCGCACUCCUUCAUCGCCUCUACAACACUGCUGCCCGGAGCCCCACAACUGCUGCCCGGAGCCUCACAACUGCUGCCCGGAGCCCCACAACUGCUGCCCGGAGCCUCACAACUGCUGCCCGGAGCCCCACAACUGCUGCCCGGAGCCCCACAACUGCUGCCCGGAGCCUCACAACUGCUGCCCGGAGCCUCACAACUGCUGCCCGGAGCCCCACAACUGCUGCCCGGAGCCUCACAACUGCUGCCCGGAGCCUCACAACUGCUGCCCGGAGCCUCACAACUGCUGCCCGGAGCCUCACAACUGCUGCCCGGAGCCUCACAACUGCUGCCCGGAGCCUCACACCUGCUGCCCGGAGCCCCACAACUGCUGCCCGGAGCCUCACAACUGCUGCCCAGAGCCCCACAACUGCUGCCCGGAGCCCCACAACUGCUGCCCGGAGCCUCACAACUGCUGCCCGGAGCCCCACAACUGCUGCCCGGAGCCUCACAACUGCUGCCCGGAGCCUCACAACUGCUGCCCGGAGCCCCACAACUGCUGCCCGGAGCCUCACAACUGCUGCCCGGAGCCCCACAACUGCUGCCCGGAGCCUCACAACUGCUGCCCGGAGCCUCACAACUGCUGCCCAGAGCCCCACAACUGCUGCCCGGAGCCUCACAACUGCUGCCCGGAGCCUCACAACUGCUGCCCAGAGCCCCACAACUGCUGCCCGGAGCCUCACAACUGCUGCCCGGAGCCUCACAACUGCUGCCCGGAGCCUCACAACUGCUGCCCGGAGCCCCACAACUGCUGCCCGGAGCCUCACAACUGCUGCCCGGAGCCUCACAACUGCUGCCCGGAGCCCCACAACUGCUGCCCGGAGCCCCACAACUGCUGCCCGGAGCCCCACAACUGCUGCCCGGAGCCCCACAACUGCUGCCCGGAGCCCCACAACUGCUGCCCGGAGCCUCACAACUGCUGCCCGGAGCCUCACAACUGCUGCCCGGAGCCUCACAACUGCUGCCCGGAGCCCCACAACUGCUGCCCGGAGCCUCACAACUGCUGCCCGGAGCCUCACAACUGCUGCCCGGAGCCCCACAACUGCUGCCCGGAGCCCCACAACUGCUGCCCAGAGCCUCACAACUGCUGCCCGGAGCCUCACAACUGCUGCCCGGAGCCUCACAACUGCUGCCCGGAGCCCCACAACUGCUGCCCGGAGCCUCACAACUGCUGCCCGGAGCCUCACAACUGCUGCCCGGAGCCUCACAACUGCUGCCCGGAGCCUCACAACUGCUGCCCGGAGCCUCACAACUGCUGCCCGGAGCCCCACAACUGCUGCCCGGAGCCUCACAACUGCUGCCCGGAGCCUCACAACUGCUGCCCAGAGCCCCACAACUGCUGCCCGGAGCCUCACAACUGCUGCCCGGAGCCUCACAACUGCUGCCCGGAGCCUCACAACUGCUGCCCGGAGCCUCACAACUGCUGCCCGGAGCCUCACACCUGCUGCCCGGAGCCCCACAACUGCUGCCCGGAGCCUCACAACUGCUGCCCAGAGCCCCACAACUGCUGCCCGGAGCCCCACAACUGCUGCCCGGAGCCUCACAACUGCUGCCCGGAGCCCCACAACUGCUGCCCGGAGCCUCACAACUGCUGCCCGGAGCCUCACAACUGCUGCCCGGAGCCCCACAACUGCUGCCCGGAGCCUCACAACUGCUGCCCGGAGCCCCACAACUGCUGCCCGGAGCCUCACAACUGCUGCCCGGAGCCUCACAACUGCUGCCCCGAGCCCCACAACUGCUGCCCGGAGCCUCACAACUGCUGCCCGGAGCCUCACAACUGCUGCCCAGAGCCCCACAACUGCUGCCCGGAGCCUCACAACUGCUGCCCGGAGCCUCACAACUGCUGCCCAGAGCCCCACAACUGCUGCCCGGAGCCUCACAACUGCUGCCCGGAGCCUCACAACUGCUGCCCGGAGCCUCACAACUGCUGCCCAGAGCCCCACAACUGCUGCCCGGAGCCUCACAACUGCUGCCCGGAGCCUCACAACUGCUGCCCGGAGCCUCACACCUGCUGCCCGGAGCAGCAGGUGUGA